AUGAAAAUAAUCGACAAGCUAGUAAAUUUACCGCCUGGUCAGCCGUUUUAUUCAUUCGAGUACUUUCCUCCAAAAACCGAAGAGGGACUAGCGAAUCUAUAUGAUAGACUGAAACGUAUGUCUUACCUGAAUCCCCUCUUUGCCUCAUUCACCUGGGGGGCAGGUGGGAGCACGAUCGAACGAACAAGCGAAAUGUGUGCCAUUUCUCAAAGCGGUUUCGGACUUGAGACGUGCAUGCACUUGACAUGUACUAAUGUUAACCGGGAUAUUAUCAAAGAAGCACUGAAUGAUGCAAAAGAUAACGGAAUUCAAAACAUAUUGGCUUUACGCGGAGAUCCUCCACGUGGACAAGAGUAUUGGUCAUCGUGUGAUAGUGGGUUUAACUACGCACUUGAUCUAGUGAAAUUUAUCAGACGAGAAUAUGGCGACUAUUUUUGUAUCGGAGUUGCUGGAUACCCUGAGGGACAUCCGGAUUCGGAUGAUAAACAGCAGGACUUGAGAUUUCUUAAAGAAAAGGUUGAUGCUGGAGCUGACUUUAUAAUAACGCAGAUGUUUUUUGACGUUGAUAUCUUUGUUAAAUGGGAAAAGGAAUGCAGAAAGAUUGGAAUAACUGUACCGAUCAUACCAGGAAUCAUGCCAAUACAAGGGUAUAAUAGUUUCAGACGAAUAAUUAACUUGUGUAAAGUAUACGUACCGUCAAGUAUCUUGAAUGCAUUGGAACCAAUUAAGCACGAUGACCAGGCAGUUAAAGACUACGGAGUGCAAUUGGCUAUUACAAUGAUUUCGACGCUACGUCAGAAUUACAGUGUAUGCGGUUUUCAUUUAUGUACGCUGAAUCUUGAGAAAUCCGUUAGACUGAUUCUGGAAGAGUUGGGUUUGGUACCGACGGAGGAACAAAGAAUUCAAGCAUUUAACAAUCGAAGAAGAUCUAGCCUUUUUCUAUAUGGUAACGGGAUUAUAAAAGAGGAACCAGAUGGAAGUGUUCCUGCAGCUAGACCGAUAAUAUGGAAAAAUCAAGGUGCAGACUAUGUCGGAAGAUCCGAAGAUUGGGAUAAUUUCCCAAAUGGUCGGUUUGGAAGUUCAAAGUCACCCGCUUUUGGUGAAGUUGACGGAUAUGGUGGGACUGUAAAAAUUCCUGUUCCGAAUGCCUUGGCAUAUUGGAACUACCCAACCACAGUUGCGGACAUAACGCAGCUCUUCAUGGACUACAUUUCUGGCAACACUCCACUUUUACCUUGGUCUGAAGAGCCUUUAAUUGCAGAAACGGAUGCUAUACGUGUUAAACUUCUUCAACUCAAUCAGCUUGGCUUCUGGACAAUUUCGUCACAGCCUGCAGUAAAUGGAGCAAGAAGUGAUGAUCCGGUGUUUGGAUGGGGUCCGAGAGGGGGAUAUGUCUAUCAGAAAGCUUUUGUAGAAUGCUUUGUGAACGAAGAGAUGCUGAAAAAUCUUUUAGAGAAAGUUAAGGAAAGUCCAUGGAUAACCUAUUAUGCUGCCACGUGUGGGGACGAAUUUCGAACAAAUGUCAAAGAUGAUUCACCGACUGCUGUUACAUGGGGUGUAUUCCCUGGUAAAGAGAUUGUUCAGCCAACCAUAAUCGAAGAAGUAUCUUUUAAGACAUGGAAGGAAGAGGCGUUUGCGCUUUGGACAGAAUGGGAACAUCUUUAUCCACCAGGAUCGCCCUCUCAGCAAUUGCUGAAUCAUAUUGGAAACACAUGGUGGCUAUUAAAUUUAGUACAUCAUAAUUACAUAGAGCCAGGAGCUAUUUGGGAAAUAUUUUUGGGUACUGACUAA